GGGGUGUCGCACAGUUUCAGUACCACCAAGAGACCUCCAAAACGGCCCCAAGAUCCCGGCGGUACUGCCACGUGUAAGAAAAUCCGUGGCAAUUUAUACGGUAAAAACGAAAAAAGGAAUCCGUACAUAGAGAGAGAGAGUGAGAGAGAGAGAGAGAGAGUCUUCCACACACACCCACACACACACACCUUGUUUUUUUGGGGUGAAGCGUCUCAUAAUUCUCACCACACCAUUGGCUUUGCCUUCGCUUUCUUCACCCCUCGUUCCUCUGUUUUUUCGCUCUCUCUUUCUAAAACUACUUCUUCUUCUUCUUCUUCUUCCUCUUGUUCUUGUAUUUCUCUCUCUCUCUCUCUCUCUCUCUCUCUAAAACUCUGCCUCUGUUUCUCUGUGCUUUUGUUUUGUUCAACAAUGACGGAUACUACGGACGACAUAGCGGAGGAAAUCUCGUUUCAGAACUUCGACGAUGAUUGUAGGUUACUCGGAAGCCUCCUUAAUGAAGUGUUACAGCGAGAAGUCGGAACCCAAAUCAUGGAGAAGGUCGAAAAGAAUCGGAUUCUCGCUCAGAGUGCUUGUACUAUGAGGAUAGCGGGAAUAGAGAACAUGGCAGAGCUGCUUGAGAAGCAGCUCGCUUCGGAGAUAUCGAAGAUGACUUUAGAAGAGGCCUUGACCCUUGCUCGAGCAUUUAGUCAUUACCUCAAUUUAAUGGGUAUUGCUGAAACCCAUCACAGGGUUCGCAAGCAAAGGAACAUGCAACUUUUAUCAAGAUCUUGUGAAGAUGUUUUCAGUCAGCUUUUGCAGAGUGGAGUUCCAUCUGAUGAGCUUUAUAACACUGUUUGCAAACAGGAGGUUGAAAUUGUUCUCACUGCACAUCCCACACAAAUUAAUCGCCGCACCCUUCAAUACAAACAUAUUAGAAUUGCCCAUCUUUUAGAUUAUAAUGACCGAUCUGAUUUAAGUCUUGAAGAUCGUGAAAUGCUGAUUGAAGAUCUGGUGAGAGAGAUAACUUCAAUAUGGCAAACAGAUGAACUCAGGCGCCACAGGCCUACACCUGUUGAUGAAGCCAGGGCUGGUUUGAACAUUGUGGAGCAGUCUCUUUGGAAAGCAGUGCCUCAUUAUUUACGGCGUGUCAGCAAUGCUUUAAAGAAGCAUACUGGAAGGCCUCUUCCACUGACUUGCACACCGAUAAAGUUUGGAUCCUGGAUGGGCGGUGAUAGGGAUGGGAAUCCAAAUGUUACAGCAAAGGUCACAAGAGAUGUCUCCCUUUUGUCUAGGUGGAUGGCUAUUGAUCUCUACAUUCGGGAAGUUGAUACCCUGAGAUUUGAACUAUCCAUGAACCGAUGCAGUGAUAGGUUGUCAAAACUAGCGCAUGAAAUUCAAGAACAAGAAAAUUCAUGUGAGGAUCGGCAUGAGAGUUGGAAUCAGUCUUUGAGUAGAAGUCAUUCGAAGCAACCAGCUUCAGCCCUUCCAAGACAACUUCCAGCCAGAGCUGAUCAACCUUCUUUAUCUGUUUGCAAUGACGACGGAUCUGAGUAUCCCAGAUUAGAACUACCUGGGACUGACUACAUGCCACUGAAUUCUCAGGAUGGUCAGGCUGUUUCAAAACCAGUCUCUAAUGGAACUCCAUCUAGUCCUGGUGCUUCUCAGUCAAGUCCGUUUUCAAGGUCUCCUACUUUUGCUUCUAGUCAACUCCUUGCUCAGAGGAAACUGUUUGCAGAAUCCCAGAUAGGAAGGUCCAGUUUCCAAAAGCUCCUAGAGCCUAGCGCACCUCAUCGACCUGGAAUUGCUCCUUAUAGAAUUGUUCUUGGCAAUGUCAAGGAGAAGCUUGUGAAGACACGAAGACGGCUGGAACUCCUUCUUGAGGAUCUCCCUUGCGAGUAUGAUUCUUGGGAUUACUAUGAAACAUCAGAUCAACUUUUAGAACCAUUGAUCAUUUGCUAUGAGUCUUUGCAAUCAUGUGGAUCUGGGGUGUUAGCUGAUGGUCGGCUUGCUGACCUGAUUAGAAGAGUUGCAACCUUUGGGAUGGUACUAAUGAAGCUCGACUUGCGUCAGGAAUCUGGUAGACAUGCUGAGACACUAGAUGCAAUUACUGCAUAUUUGGAUAUGGGCACAUACAGUGAGUGGGAUGAAGAAAAGAGACUGGAAUUUCUAACCAGAGAGUUAAAAGGGAAGAGGCCGCUUGUACCACAAAGUAUUGAGGUUGCUCCUGAUGUUAAAGAGGUACUGGACACUUUCCGUGUUGCUGCUGAGCUUGGGAGUGAUUCACUUGGAGCCUAUGUGAUUUCUAUGGCAUCAAAUGCUAGUGAUGUCCUUGCUGUUGAGCUCUUACAGAAAGAUGCCCGACUUGCUGUUAGUGGGGAGUUAGGAAGGCCAUGUCCUGGUGGAACGCUGCGAGUGGUUCCUCUAUUUGAAACUGUGAAAGACCUGAGAGGAGCUGGCUCAGUGAUCAGGAAAUUAUUGUCAAUUGAUUGGUACAGGGAGCACAUAAUUAAGAAUCAUAAUGGGCAUCAAGAGGUAAUGGUGGGAUAUUCUGACUCUGGUAAAGACGCUGGCCGCUUUACUGCUGCAUGGGAACUCUACAAAGCCCAGGAAGAUGUUGUGGCUGCAUGCAAUGAGUACGGUAUUAAAGUUACUCUUUUCCAUGGUCGUGGGGGGAGUGUAGGUCGCGGUGGUGGUCCUACAUAUCUUGCCAUUCAGUCUCAGCCUCCUGGCUCUGUAAUGGGUACCCUACGGUCAACAGAGCAAGGGGAGAUGGUACAAGCCAAAUUUGGGCUGCCACAAACAGCCGUUAGACAGCUAGAGAUAUACACAACAGCUGUGCUGCUUGCAACACUACGGCCUCCACUGCCUCCUCGUGAAGAAAAAUGGCGUAACCUCAUGGAGGAAAUCUCGAAAAUUAGUUGCCAGAAUUACAGGAGCACAGUUUAUGAAAACCCAGAAUUUAUUGCGUAUUUCAAUGAGGCUACACCACAGGCUGAGCUUGGCUUCCUUAACAUAGGAAGCCGCCCCUCAAGAAGAAAGAGCUCGACAGGAAUUGGACACCUUCGUGCUAUACCAUGGGUGUUUGCAUGGACCCAAAACCGACUUGUUCUUCCUGCAUGGCUUGGAGUUGGAGCAGGUUUAAAGGGUGUUUGUGAGAAGGGACACACUGAAGACUUAAAAACAAUAUACAAAGAAUGGCCUUUCUUUCAAUGUACCUUAGACCUUGUAGAGAUGGUUUUAGGGAAAGCAGACAUUCCUAUAGCCAAGUACUAUGAUGAAGUCCUUGUGUCAGAUAGCAGGCGUGAGCUUGGUUCUGAAUUAAGGAAGGAGUUUUUAACUACAGAGAAGUAUGUAUUGGUGGUUAGUGGGCAUGAAAAACUAUCCCAGAAUAAUCGAAGCCUUAGGAGGCUGAUUGAGAACAGGCUCCCUUAUCUCAAUCCUAUGAACUUGUUGCAGGUUGAGAUACUGAAGAGGCUGAGAUGUGAUGAUGAUAACCGUGCACUCAGAGAUGCACUGCUUAUUACUAUAAAUGGUAUUGCUGCUGGGAUGAGGAAUACGGGCUAAAAUGAAGCUCUUCUCCAGCACUUGGUUACCAACUUCUCAUCUGCUACUACCUUCACCAACUCUUUUAUUUUUAUUUAAAUCUACUUAAAUGGGUGCUCUGUUAUUUUUCAGAAGGCUACGUUAAUGAGUAUUGUAUCUAUGUUUGAGUAGGUUCUCUUGAAAAAAAAAAAAAAAAAAAAAUUAUCUACACACCCAGGUUUUGGUCACUGCAAUCCUGAAAGGUUAUUUUGCCUUUCUUAAAACUCUGGAAAACAUAUUGUAGAAUUGCUGUUGAACUGGCACAUAGCUUGUUACAUCUGGUUGAUCCAAGAUGACUAUCCUAUAUUGUAUGUCAGAGAGCUUUAACUAGAAAUAUGAAAUUGUAUAUUUAGAUCAA